ACAUGCUGCUACCUACAGCUGUCACACGGCGGGGUCUUCUCGGGUCCUUUUGCACUGAAUGUCGCUCCUCCAGUUCCCUGCUGCAAACUUGCUAACCGCAUAAAACCAGAAUAUUUACCGUAAUUUUAUCAGACACCAAGCGGGUCCCGGAGUGAUGAUGGGUGGGAGGACGAGCGCGAUCGCUGCCGGAGUUUGUGGGGCGCUGUUUGUCGGCUACUGCAUUUAUUUCGACAGGAAAAGACGGAGUGACCCCAACUUCAAGAACAGGCUACGGGAGCGGCGAAGAAAACAGAAAGUGGCGAAGGAUAGGGCAGGUCUGGCAAAGCUUCCUGACCUUAAAGAUGCUGAAGCAGUGCAGAAGUUCUUUUUGGAGGAGAUCCAGCUGGGGGAGGAGCUGCUGGCUCAGGGAGAUUAUGAGAAAGGCGUGGAUCACCUGACUAAUGCCAUCGCAGUCUGUGGUCAACCUCAGCAGCUGCUGCAGGUGCUGCAGCAAACGCUGCCUCCACCCGUCUUCCAGAUGCUGCUCACCAAACUGCCCAGCAUUAGCCAGCGUAUCGUUAGUGCACAGAGUCUGACUGAGGACGAUAUAGAAUAAGAUGAGAGCCAAGACGAAACCACUCCCACUAGCCUGCCGCCCAACUCCUCCUCUUCCUCAUCUUUACUUGGAUCUUCUCUCUCCACCAAGACCCCGGCCUCUAAAGGGUCUGUCCCUCACAUCCUAAAGAAGGGGUCCAGAAGGACAAUAGUUUUUUUUUAAUUACAGCUUGUUUAAAUUUUUUACCUACCAGUUCUGGCGUUACAGCGCCUCCAUCAGGAAGUUGGAGAAAUGUGGUAGGAUCCCGACUAUAUGUCAAAAGGAACUUGACUGGGUUUUUUAUGUGAACCAAAUUCAGCAUCUGCACCAGUUUACAUCACAGUUGUUCUUUGUAACUCACCUCAGUAUUUAUUGUUACUCUUGUCUUUCUGUUGUGAACAUGUUUUGGUCAUUUAAAAAGAGGAAGAAGAAAAAAUAAAGUAGAAAAACAGAAAA